AUGCCACGGAAAAUGACCCGCCACUUUGGCCUGGGCCGUCGUCCCUCGUCCAACGCAGCCGAAGCCCACCAGGCGAUUGCUCAUGACCAGCACGAGACAUUGCACGUACCCGCCAACAUGGUGGAAAUCAAGGCACGCACCCCAGUCCCUCUGGACAGCACCAAACCAUCCAUAGUCCAGCUCCCCGAUCAUGUUUUGCUUCUCAUUCUGGACCUCCUCCAGCACGUGCGCCCCGAGGCCUUACAGUCCGUGGCCUUGGUGAGCUCGUCGCUGUACUACCAGGCCCGCCAUGCCCAGCACCAGCAUGUGCGCGUCGACCUCGACAGGCCAAAUCAUGCCCUCGAACGCCUCAGCCUUGUCAGCCGUCUCGUCCAAGCUGCUGCGGUCCAGGAAGUUCGAGUCGUCGGUUGCAAGACACGCAGCGAGGAUGCCAAGGGCCGCAGCCAAGUCUUGGUCCGCCUGGUCAGCAUGAUACCCUCCAUGACGGGGCUGCGUCACUUGUAUUGGCAUGUUAGUCGACCCAGCACCGCAUCUGCACAUGAUUAUGCCGGAUCGACGUCGGUGCCCAUCCCAUCAAACGUCAUGGCCGUUCUGCCUCGUCCUGGCCCUCAUGCUAGCCCACGUCUAGUCCAAUUACACACACAUAUCUGCUGCAACGCCCUUCAAGACUCCCAUGUUGAAACCCGCACCUUCCUAAGCAACCUCGAGGAUAGCCAGAAUCUGUCGACGCUCUUUGUCGAGGUCAUCUACAUGAAUGACCAGAUGUGUCUCGACACCAUGCGCGCCCUGAAACGUGUUUUGCUCUCGUGCCCAAACCUCGCCAGACUUCCCCAAAUUGAUGUACACUAUCCUCGCGGAACAUGCUUUGGGGGCGGUCCCAUGGCUCCAUACUGUGGUUUAGGCUUCUCCGGCGACGAAAAGCCACCUCCCCUCCAAGAGCUAGGCGUACGCGACUAUCCGUGGGGCGGCCCAAGAUACGAGGGUUAUCCUAUACAAGCAGGGGAAGCGCAUCACUGGGCCAGUACAUUUGACUGGUCGCGGCUGGUACGCUUGAACGACGUGUCAGACUAUCUAGCGACCGCAAUGGCACCCAAUCUUACCAUGCUCAGGGAGCUGGUCCUUGAGGCACCGGCCUCGUACGGCUUGGAGCUGCUGGAUGAUAUUGCAUCACCACUAAAAAUGCUGAGCUUUUCGAAUUGGAAUCGUGUCGGCAAUGAACCCAAGCGAAUCACAAAGUUUGCUGCAACACUCCAGCGGUUGAGCGUGCAUGAGGAUGAAUCGGGCUGGAGAUAUGACCGACAUGGCUUCGUCACAACCCCCGACCUCAUACACCUGAGCACAAGUCUGCCCAACCUUCAACACCUGGCUCUAGACAUGGAGCGGGAUAAGGAGGCGCGGCAAUGGCCAUACGCGGUACUGGACGCUAUAGCCGCCUUUCCCAGCCUGCGCACCGUCGAACUAUGGUUUCCCUUGGGUGAUGAACCGCCAGCACCCACGCCUCUUCUCACUAUAUCCUCAGCCCGCCAUCUUGGCGAUUACCUACGGGAGCGGAAUGACAUGAUACAGCGUGUGACGCUCCACUCGGGAGCCCCGGGCCCCGACUCGGGACACCCCUCGAGACACCUCUUGGGGACCGAUCUCUACAUCCCCGGUCCAUCAUGGGCUGAGCAUAAUUCAGUCACUUUCGAGUACGAAAUGGCCUAUGAUAGUGAGGUUAUAGACCUCCGGCGGAGUAGUAUCACUUGUCUGGACCUAAGCUUCGCCAUGAAUGCGCGCCUCUACCAGCUAGCCCAAGGAGGACCCCGACAGCAGACGGAUCCUGGAAAACUCAAUGCAGAUGAGUUGUGCCUCAUUGUGGCCCUGGACGGUCCGCUGAAUAAGGUAGAAUGGAAUACCUGGUUUAAUAAGCAGCCAGAGGUCCUUGCACAUCGAGCCGAUAUGCAACGUAUGCACGAUGAGAUAGAGGCUGUCCAUAACCCACCCUCACUACUACAUAGGCUAGCUAGGUCAUUAAAGAGAUGA